UCGCGUGUUAUUGAUAUUUUCAAGGUUUCCUCCAGAAUUUUCAAUCACUCAACAUUAUUCACAUAAAUAUUAUAUGACUAUCUGUAAAUUUACCAACUGAAAUAUAAAGGUUUAACACGUAUAUGUGUAGAAUUUGAACAAUUUACAAUACUGUUAAUAUUUUGAAUAAUAAGCUGCGCUUCGCGUUCAGUCUCGAAUAUGAACAGAAAAAGAAAUGUUAGCUACAUCAAACCAGAAGACCCCCAUUUCCUUAAAAUGCUAAAAAAAGAAGCAGGAUAUGACGAUACAAAUCAUAAGUUUGAUAAAUUGGAAAAUAGGGAUGAGGAUUUUGUUGAUGACGAAGAAAGUGAGAAACCUCAGGUUGUUGUUUUGAAAGACGGAGAUCUUACUGCAGAGGAGGCAGAAGCGGAGACAAAAAGAUUAGACAAAGAAAAAAAUGAAAUAAAAGCUGAUCUAAGCCAAAAGGUUAUUUUUCAAGCUAAAUUAAAACCAACAAUGUUACCUGACAGUAAGAGUCAAAAGAGAAAAAACCGAGUGAGACAAAAGCCUAGUAGUCAACUUUUGUCAUUUGCAGGCGAAGAAGACGUCGGUGAAUGAAUAUUUCUAAUGUAAAAAUGCUAAUGAAGUAUAUUCUUGAUGUAUCUCAAUUUUUUGGAGUAAACCUGCACUUAAUGCAGCGAAAUAUGUAAUCAAUUUUGAAUUCUAAUAAUAUCAUUAUAGCCAUAAUUACCAAUAUCAGUGUUGUGUGUAGUUUCAAAAUAUGUAAUAAUUAUAUUAUUGCAAACAUAAGACAUUAUUAAGAUAUAUUCCAAUUCAAUGCAAACAUGCAGUUUUUCAUAUUAGAAAUGUAAGAUUGCAUUAUCUUCAAAUGUGU